AUCACCUUCUCGAGCUGCUUGAGCUGCACAUCCAUUCCGUCCAGCUCACCAGCAAUGGUCGCAGCCUUCGAUCCCCUGUCGCCUUCAAAGGCGACAACGUCAAAGUUUCCCGACAAGACAUCCUUCGGUACCCUCACCCGCGAGCGCCAGAAUCGACACCCCAACGCCAAUGGGCCCGACUUUCAAAAGCUCGAGGAGCUCGUCCGCCCACACAUCGAGAGCUUCGACGCCCUCACCGAGGGCGGCGAUGAUGGGUCAGCAGGGCUCCUGCAGCUGGGCGUGCAGGACAUAGGCGAGAAGGUGGUAUUUGAUGGAAAGCCGACUGAGAAGAUGCCCUACGGCAGCAAGAUCACAUACCGGAUAUCGCAAGUUGCGUUGGGAAAGCCUAUGGUUUCAGAACGCGACAAGCUUGCCGUCGAGCGUCGCAUCUACCCCUCGGAGGCACGCGAGCGCCUGACGACGUACAAAUCCCGCCUGACUGUCACGAUCAAGUGGAAGGUGACUACGGACGAAGGCACGACGCGCGAGUAUGACGAGAUUCGCGAAUGCGGCUUGCUGCCUCUAAUGGUCAAAUCGCAGCGCUGCAACAUCCGCGGUGCGUCGAGCGCUGAGCUUGUGCGCCGUGGAGAGGAGAGCUCGUCGUGGGGUGGAUACUUCAUCGUGAACGGAAACGAGAAGCUCAUCCGCUACCUCAUUCUCCCCCGCCGCCACUUCCCGAUCAACCUUGAACGUCCGUCCUUUGCCAAACGCGGCGCUGGGUACACACGGUAUGGGUGUCAGAUCCGUUGCGUCCGCCCCGACCAGUCCGCUUGCACCAACACCAUCCACUACCUUUCCUCGGGCGGUGCAACACUGCGUUUUGCUUGGCGCAAGGUCGAGUACAUGAUACCCCUUGUUCUUAUUCUCAAGGCGCUCGUGGGCGCGAGCGACCUCGAAAUCUUUGAGGGCCUGAUCCAGGGGGAGUAUGACAACACGUUCCUCAUGGACCGUGUUGAGCUUCUCCUCCGCGGCCAGAAGACAUGGGGGCUGCACACGGGCACGCAAUGUCUCGAGUACCUCGGCGACAAGUUCCGUGUUGUCAUGAACUGCCCCGAAGACUGGAGCAACGUCCAGGUCGGUUCCUUCCUGCUCAAGCGAGUCGUGCUCGUACAUCUCCCCAACCCUCGGGAGAAGUUCCGCAUGCUCUUGUUCAUGCUCCGCAAGCUGUACUCCAUGGUCGCUGGCUCGUCGUGCCCUGACAACCCGGAUUCGCCCCAGCUGCAUGAAGUCCUCCUCCCGGGCUUCCUCUACUCGAUGAUUAUCAAGGAGCGCUUUGAGGAGUCGCUCCUUGCGGUCCGCCAGCAGAUCCUCCAGGACAUUCGCAUGAACCGCGUCAGGGAUUUCACAAGCGCGAAGUACUUCCCCAGUGUGCUCAGCAAGGUCAACUUUGAUGUCGGCCAGAAGCUCUCGUACUUCCUAGCCACGGGCAAUCUUGUCUCGCCGACUGGACUCGACCUGCAGCAGACCAGCGGUUUCACGAUCGUUGCCGAGAAACUUAACUUCUACCGUUACCUCUCACACUUCCGGUGUAUUCACCGUGGUGCUUUCUUUGCAGAGCUCAAAACCACGUCGGUCCGCAAGCUUCUUCCGGAGUCAUGGGGCUUCUUGUGUCCUGUGCACACGCCCGACGGCUCGCCAUGCGGUCUUCUCAACCACCUGUCACACCAAUGUCAGAUUGUCACCAAGACGCUCGACACAUCCCAGCUCGCCAGCCUCCUCUCCGAGCACGGCAUGACCCAGGUCUUCGCUUCCACUAUCGACGGCAAGCGCUACGUGACUGUGCAGCUCGACGGCCGUGUCAUUGGCUGGGCAACACCUCCCGAAGUUGCCAAGCUCGCACUCAUGCUCCGCCGCCUCAAGACCGAGGGGGACCCGCGCGUGCCGCUCGACCUGGAAAUUGGUCACGUUCCAGUCACUAAAGCUGGCCAGUACCCGGGCUUGUACCUGUUCGGGUCGCGCUCGCGCAUGAUGCGCCCCGUCACGUACUUGCCCAACAGCAAGCUCGACCACGUCGGCACCUUUGAGCAGGUGUACAUGGACAUCGCCAUUACACCAGAGGAGAUCGAGAAGAAUGUCAGCACGCACGUUGAGCUCGAUCCCACCUCGAUGCUUUCCGUGGUUGCCAACAUGACUCCCUUCUCUGACUUCAACCAGUCGCCACGUAACAUGUACCAGUGUCAGAUGGGCAAGCAGUCGAUGGGCACGCCAUCCACCGCUCACUUCCGCCGCACGGACAACAAGAUGUACCGUUUGCAGAGCGGCCAGACGCCUAUUGUACGGCCCAAGCUCUGGAACGACUACGGUUUCGACCAGUUCCCGAACUCGACGAACGCGAUCGUUGCCGUCAUCUCGUACACUGGUUACGACAUGGAAGACGCGAUGAUUCUCAACAAGUCGGCCCAUGAGCGCGGCUUUGGCUACGGAACAGUGUACAAGUCGGACAUCUUUGACCUUAGGGAUAUGGCGAGGUCACGCACCGCGGCUCCGACGCUGCACUAUGGCUUCGGAAGAGACGUGAAGGACACAUCGCCGUGGCGCGAGUUUGUUGAUAACGACGGUCUACCCAUUGUCGGCACGAAGGUCAAGGCCGGCGACCCACUGGCGGCGUACUUUGACGACGUCACUGGCAAGACCAAGGUGCACAAGUACAAGGGUGACGAGACGGCAUAUGUCGAGACGGUGCGCGUGCUGGGUUCAGACCUGGGGGACUCGGAGCUGCAGAAGAUUCAGAUCACCCUGCGUAUUCCCCGUUCUCCCGUCAUCGGCGACAAGUUCUCGUCGCGCCACGGACAGAAGGGUGUGUGCUCGCAGAAAUUCCCUAUGAUCGACAUGCCUUUCAGCGAGAGCGGAAUGCAGCCGGACGUCAUCAUCAACCCGCACGCGUUCCCGUCGCGUAUGACGAUCGGAAUGUUGGUCGAGUUCCUGGCAGGCAAGUCGGGCGCCCUCCACGGCAUGUCGCAGGAUGGCACUCCGUUCAAGUUCUCGGACGACGACCGGCCGGUCGAGUACUUCGGCGAGCAGCUUCUCAAGGCCGGGUACAACUACCACGGCAACGAGCCGAUGUACUCUGGCAUCACGGGCGAGGAGCUCCGCGCCGACAUCUACAUUGGCGUGUGCGCGUACCAACGUCUGCGUCACAUGGUGAACGACAAGUUCCAGGCGCGUGCUACUGGUCCUGUUGACUCCCUCACUCGCCAGCCCGUGAAGGGUCGUAAGCGUGCAGGUGGUAUCCGUUUCGGUGAAAUGGAGCGCGAUGCUCUCAUCGCCCACGGCACCUCGUUCCUCCUCCAGGACCGCCUGAUGAACUGCUCUGACUACUCGACGGCAUGGGUGUGCCGCUCGUGCGGUUCGCUGAUUUCGCUGGGCUUCGACGACACUGUUGGCCCCAAUGACGGCCGCCGCGCCGAGUACUGCCGCAUUUGCGAGCGGCACGAGCAGCCUGGUGCGCUUGACGGCGCCGUGCAGCCGAACGCUGUCGGCAUCGCCGCCAAGGCGGCGGGCGGGAACAGUACAAUGGAUGUGGUUGCCGUGCCAUACGUUUUCCGAUACCUGUGUGCGGAAAUGGCGUGCAUGGGCAUCCGUCUCAACUUGACUGUGGUAUAGAUAUAAGGAGAUUGCAUGUAUUUGGUAUCUGCGUG